AUGGCCAAGUACGGCCAAUUGCUGACCAAAAGGAAUCAAGAGAGAAACUGCCUCGAGCAGGUUGAGGACGAUUGGCAAAUAGUCAACUCGCACAAUCGCGAUGUGAUGAUCGAUAAGGCUAGAACAGGCAGACGUUUGCUGAUAAUAUGCGCCCUAUUCAUGUACUCCACUGGAGUGUCUUUUCGGACAAUUAUACCGUUGUCCGCCGGAAAGAUCAUUACUGAACAGAAUUUCACGGUCAGACACCUACCGUGCCCGACUUACUUUGUUUUAUUCGAUGUGCAGCUUAGCCCCGCUUACGAGAUCGUAUUCCUUAUGCAGUUCUUCUCUGAAUUCGUAAAAUGUACGGUCACAACGGCGAUAUGUGGUCUUGCGGGUCUCUUCGUGAUGCACACUUGCGCACAGCUGGACAUACUGAUGAUCCUGAUGAAUAAUCUGGAAUGGGAGGAUAACAAUGCUGUAGCUCUAUGUUCGUAUCUCGUUGGACUCACAUCGAUUAGUUUCAACAUUUUUAUCUUUUGCUUUAUCGGUGAACAACUUUCGACGAAGGGAGAAAAAGUGGCAUUAACAGCAUGCACAUUGGAGUGGUACCGUCUUCCGGACGCGAAAGCGCGAUCGCUAAUACUAAUUAUGCUCAUGUCGAAUCCUCCGACAAAAGUUAGAGGAGGAAAAUAUUUUGAUCUUUCCUUCAGGACAUUCGGCAAC